AUGACCAAGAGGGAAGGCGGGCUUGGCCCCCUCGACUUGCUGGCCUUUGAAAAAGGCCAAUGGACUCCCACUGCCUCGACGACCACCACUGAUGGCUUGGAGGAGGCCAUCCUAGAGGCAGAGCUCAGCCAAGGCGGCGGCCCGUGGGGGCCUAAGGUUUCUGGCAAGAAAAAGAAGCAGCGGAAAGGCAAGGCAGAGGCUGCUGAGGAACCAGGGAAAGCAAGCAAGGAGCCCUCGAGGAAAGAAAGUGAGAUUGAAGGUCUCACUAAAGCUGGCCACCGGGCCCUGCAGCUUGGCAACAUGGGGGAGGCCUUAUCAUGCUUCAAGAAGGCUGUUGCCCUCUCCUCGGAAACCUCAAGUACGCAGGCCCAGCAGGUGUGUGCUUUUAACCUGGGCGCAGCCUACGUGGAAGCCGGGAAACCAGAGAGAGGCCUGGCUUUCCUCGUCAGAUCCCAGCCGGAGGAAGGGGACACUGGGGAGCAUCUUGGGGACCUUUUCUUCAACAUUGGGGCAGCCCAUGAGGGCCUGCGGGAUUUCCCCAAGGCCGUGGAGGCGUUCCGCAAGGCCCAGGAUCACUACCGUUCAGUCCAGGCUGGCAGUGAGGCCAGCACCUAUAUGAAGAUGGGCUACUGUUACCUGGGCAUGGAAGACCCUUCGCGGGCCGCCCAGUGCUUCAGGGAAGCCAGCGAGGCCUAUGCAGAAGUGGAGGACCUGGAAGCCGCCGCAGUGGCCCUUAGCAAAGCCGGCAACUCUAUGCUGCAGAGCCGAGAGCAUGGGCCCAGUGAGAUCGUCAAGGUGCUGAACGAGUGCCGUUUGCUGUGUGAGCGUAUCUCCAACAGAGCUCUGCUGGGAAAACUCUACAACGACAUUGGGCUCUGCUUCUCCCAGCUCAAAAUCUUCUCCUUGGCAGCUGAAAGCUUUGAGAGAGCUCUCCCGCUCUGCCAAACGGAUACUGAAAACCGGUGCAAAGAAGCGAUUGUCCUUCAGAAUCUCGGAGCUGCACAUAACACUCUUGGGAACUUCAGGAAAGCCCUGGAGCUCCACCAGAGAGCCGCCUCACUACACAGUACCCUGGGGAACAGGAGAGCCCAAGGGCAGUGUUUUGGCAACUUGGCCUAUGCAUUUAGCCAACUGGGUGACCAUGAAGCUGCUGGGGAAUAUUACCUUCAUGCACGUCAGGCCUUCAAGGACUCAGAUGAUCUUCAGGGCCACUGGCAAGCUUGCGAAGGACUUGGGGCAUCACACAUCCACCUGAGAGACCCCGAAAAGGCCGUUUUGUAUUAUAAAGAGGCACUAACCUUACUCUCUAAAUGCCGGAUAUAUCUUUACCAGCAGGAUGUCUCAGAAACAGCCCAGGAGCGAAUUGUGAACAAGCUUGCAGAUGCCCUCCAAAACAAACUCUCUAUGAACAGCAGUUUCAUCCAUGGUGGCGGGAUUAUGCCAUCUGCUCCCAUGAAGCACUUCCCUACAUCCCAGACCUCAAGCCAAGUUCGAUUCAGUAUGUCACCACAUCGUAAAAAUGAAAAUUUCCCUCCAAUGUGCUACACAAAUGAAUCGUAA